AUGUAUCAGCGUCUUGUUGGGCGUCUCAUCUAUCUGACCAAUACUAGACCUGACUUGACAUUUGUGGUUAGUGUGGUUAGUCAAUUCAUGCAUGCAUCACGUACAGAAAAUCUUGAUGCGGUUCAUCAUAUCUUGAGAUAUUUGAAGACCUCUCCUGGCUUGGGAUUGUUCUUCACAGAUAGGCGUUCUACUUCUGGCUUCUGUACUACUUCUGGCUUCUAUACUUUCUAUGGUGAUCAUCUUAUAUCAUGGAAAAGUAAAACGCAAGCAGUUGUUUCUAGGUCUUUUGCAGAAGCUGAGUAUAGGGCUAUGGCACAAGGCACUUCGGAGGCUUUGGCUGAGCAAGUAACAAAAGAGAAUGUUGACAAGGGUUUGAUAUAUCCACCAUUCUCUAAUAUCAGAAAGAUCUCUGCCUACAUUACUGCUAAUGUAGCUGCUAAAGCAUAUGGACUUG